UUUCACUUCUCAAUUGUUUUAUUUUAAGAACAUUUUCUGUAUUUCUCCUCCGCUGCCGGCUUUCUUUCUGGUUUCGGAAUCCAUUUGCAGGGUAUGGUUUUGUUGGAAUGCUGUAGGAACACUCCAUUUGCGGGGUAGGGGCUUUCUGUCUGGCUUCGGAAUCCAUUUGCGCGAUCUCUCUCCUCACUUCGCCCCUCCUCGUUGAUGCUUUGCUGACUUUCGUUUCUAAAAUGUCUGCUAACGUCGAAGAAUUGGAGUUGCGGAACGACGAGAAAUCGGAAUUGGAGAAUGGACGCGAACUUGGAACAGUAAAAGAUUCAGAUCCAAAACUAAAGAUGGAGAGAUUAGAUCAGAAGAGGUAGAAAAAAAUCUCCCGCGGUUGAAAAAACCGAGUCUGCCGGGCUUCAGAAAGAUGAAGAGAAAAGCCGAAUUUAUACGAUGAGAGAAUUAUUGAAUGAAUUGAAGGAAGAUGGAAACGAGAUUGCUGACGGAGAAUUUAAGAGAGGUACCACUAGUUACGAUGCAGACAUACAGGAGUCAGAGGAUGCAAGCUCUCCUCACAGCCAAGAAGAAAUGCAACAGAAAUAUAUGGGCCAGAACAACAUUGCCUUGGAGUUGAUCAGUAAUGUCAUUGGUGUUGAUAAGGAAGGUCAUGCUCACCAACAAAUUCUUUCUUAUGCUGUUAAAAGGUUGCAAAGAUUAUUCAAACUUGACGAUAACAACCUCUUGAAUUGCAUAUUAGCAAGUUCGCCCAUGCAAAUAUAUUUUCGAGUGCUUGAAUGCAUCAAAAUUUGAUACAGAACACCUUCUCAAAGCUAGAAGAAUGAUGCUCUAAGAAUAUAUCUUUUAGUUGGCCUUGAUUUUUUAUAGUCAUUUGUUUGCAAAAUGUGAUUUAUAAAUGCAGAUAACGUUUUAGGCAUCUUGGUGGUUCAUUGAUUUUGGCCCAGGCCAAAGCAAAACUUUUAUAUUUGAAAAACGACAGAUUGCCGCUACAAGAACUUGUACACUCACCAAGGAGUUGAUAGUUGUUGUCCUGAAUUUCCCUCUAUUGGCCAACAACUCUAUUACAACACGUGGAGUUUAUUUAGCUUGGCUGUAGUUAGUUACACGGAUUUUUGAUCUCGAUUCUUGAAUCCGACCUUGGAUGUGAUUCACA